GCUUUUCGUCCACGAAACCGUCCGCGUCUCACGUUUAUCGACAGUCGUGUGGACAGGAGCGCGAUCGACUUUGUUUAUUUAAUUGCAGCCUUUGUUCGCCUGCUUGGCAAACACAUUUCCUCCAAUUCGUCGUGUGCCUUGCAGUCGUCCUUUGCGAUCCGUCGCCAUCAGACAUCUUGAUUUCGCCUGUCUUCUCGGCGCUCUUUGCUUGUCGAAACCACCGUUGGCCCUACGCCAGAAACUAUGAGUGACAGCGGUAAAGCGCCCAUCAAUGGCGCCACCUCACAUACCGACGGAGACCUCAUCAAGGUGCAACCGCCGCGUCGCGAGGAUCUGCAGCCAAGCUAUGCGCGCGACAUCCAGCCAGACACUGAGGACGACCCGGCGCAUGGCUGGUAUGGUGGAAUGAUCAAUGCCCUAGGUGGCAUCAUUGGCACCUGCGGUGCAAUUCCAUGCUGUAUCGUCUGCCCGAACCCAUACAAGCGCGUCGAUCAGGGCAAUGUGGGUCUCAUCACCAGGUUCGGCCGCUUUUCGCGCGCUGUGGAUCCAGGCCUGGUAAAGGUCAAUCCUCUGAGUGAGAGAUUGAUUCAGGUCGACGUUAAGAUUCAGAUUGUUGAGGUUCCUAAGCAAGUGUGCAUGACCAAGGACAAUGUCUCUCUGUACCUUACCUCCGUCAUCUAUUAUCGCAUCACAUCCCCCCACAAGGCUGCCUUUGGUAUCUCCAACAUCCGUCAGGCUCUCAUCGAGCGCACGCAGACCACGCUGCGCCAUGUCAUUGGUGCACGCAUCUUACAAGAUGUGAUUGAGCGCCGCGAGGAGAUCGCACAGGACAUUCGUAGUAUCGUAGAGGAUGUCGCCGGCCACUGGGGCGUCGAGGUUGAGUCCAUGCUUAUCAAAGAUCUCAUCUUCAGCGAGGAGUUGCAGGAGUCUCUAUCCAUGGCUGCACAAAGCAAGCGAACCGGUGAAGCCAAGGUCAUAGCUGCCCGUGCUGAGGUGGAGUCCGCGAAGCUGAUGCGCCAAGCUGCUGACAUUCUUUCUUCCGCACCGGCUAUGCAGAUUAGAUACCUUGAGGCCAUGCAAGCUAUGGCCAAGACGGCGAACAGCAAGGUCAUCUUCCUCCCUGCUACGAACCAGACUGUACAGGAGAACAUGGCGCAGAUUGCGAAUAACAAUGGCGAAGGCCCUUCAUCAACACGGCCUUUUGGGCUUACAAGCGCCGAGCGUGAGUACGGCGGCGCCAACACCGGCUUCCAGACCGCCAUCAACUCCAACGUGAUCGAGCACUUGUAAGCUACUGGAGCAUGCCAGUACAAGUGACUUUAUUCAGUGUUGGAAGGUAUCGAGGCUAGAAAAUCUGUCGACGCACUUCCUCAAUGAGAUGCGUCUCUGAGAUUAGGAUAAACAUGCAAUUUGGACAUUAUGCGAACGUAAAAAGUGUGAAGAGAUGUGUAAUACCUCCGGAUUGGUGGCGGUGUAGUGUGGGGAACGGAAGGAGAUGUUCUUUGUGUAUGAUCUUGAGAUACCCGGCCUUUUUUUUAUAUCACUCGCUGUACUCGUCUGAAUUUCAUAGCACUAUUUAUAACAAAUGAUGGAUCGGCUUUAAGUAACGCCAUCAGCCUCGUAUACGUAUUUUAAGCCUGAAAAUCUAACCGCCAGUUGUGAGUAUACUUAAAAACA